AUGGGAGGUCAAUUCGACGCGGGACCGGUCCCCUUAUUCCGCGCGCAGCCGCGUCCCGGCUCCCGCCGCCGUCUCACGGCCACCCCGCCCCCGUACACGCAUCCGCGCGUCCUCUUCACGGAGGCGGACCGCGCCGACCUCACGCGCCGAGCGCUGCACGGGGACGCCGCCGCGCCCACCGCCGUCCCACGCCAGGCGUUCGAGGAUCUAUCGCGGUGGGCGGACCGCGUGGUAUACGCCGCGGAUUCCCCCAUCAAGCAGAUUUUCGACGUGCUCGCGGGGACGAUUUCCCCGCGCCUCCCCUGCGGCGACCCGCGCAAGGCCUUCGCGGGGCUGAAGGCGCUCGUUACCGACGCGGGUUCGAAACCUCCCGGCGCGGUUAUCAACGGGGCGUUUUACACGCGGAUGUUCGACAUGGGAGUGGCUCCAGCGACGAAGAAUUACGUGCUGAAGAGCGCCGGAAUCGUGCCGCCGCCCCCCGCCACGGACGCGACGCCGUCUCUCGGGGUAAAGCUGCUGUUCGGCUCGCAAGACGCGGGCGUUCCUAGUUUCUACCCUCCCAUCUACGAAGCUUUGCAGAACGCGGCGUACGUGGCGUGGGUGCGCGGCGACCAGAAGCGCCUGGAGUAUCUGGCGGGCGUGCUGGGCGUGGCGGCCGGCGUGCACCUGCUGUUCCACGCGCGCGGGUCGCUCGUGCUCGUCAAGGGCGAAGGGGGCUUCUGCAAGUACAACACGGGGCCGCGCAGCGACAGCUCCGCCUCAACCGCGCUCGCCCUCGCCUACGACCUGCUCUUCACGCCGUCCCUCCGCGCCACCGGCUCCCGCGCGCAGCUCGCCCCCGCGCGCCGCCUGCUGCUGCGCAUGGGGCGCAACCGCGUGGCGUCCGCGUUCAACGCGGACCCGUACCGCAUGGGCAAGGGCGCCGCUCUCAACCCCUUCUACACCGGCACUACGUUCCAGUUGGCGACGGCGCUGGUGCUGCUGGUGCAGUAUGCGGUGGAGGGCGAGGAGGAGGAGGACUGGGAGGAGCCGUGGGAUGAGGCGGACAGGGAGGAAGAGGAGAUGAGGAGGAAGGGGGUGGUGGUGGUGGGUGGGGUUGGUGCGGGGGUGAGUGGGGAUGUGAAGGGGUGGAGGGAGAAGGUGCGGUACGAUUCGGUGGCAGUGGAUUUGAAUGUGAAGUCGCUCUUCUAUUACAUGACCUAUGCUGGCGCCUGUGAUCCCACUGGCGUGACACGCGAGUUCCCUGGGUACUUCAUGACGCCCAUGCGGCAGGCGGCCUUACCCAUGCUGGCAGUCAUGCGGCGAGGCCACGACGUGUUCACCGACCCCACCAACACCUACCAGCUGCUCAUGGACGUCUUCCAGACCCUCGCGCCCUGGUCGCUCGCGCCGCCCUGCUUCGGCGCGCAGGACGGCACGUGCUUCUGUGGGGGGUUCUCCCAGAGCGAGUACUAUCUUUUAGCUAAGUACCUCUUUCCGGGGGACCCGCUCACGGAUUUUGUGUACCAGAAGUAUAACACGCAGCCGCGGACGAAGCAGAUUGGCGCGUUUGGCGUGAACAAGAUGCCGUUCCAGGCGUGUUUGUUAGGCAUGGAUGUGACCAAGAAGAAUAUUUCGUUUCUGCAGGUGGCGUCGGUGGUUGGCCUUCCGCUUGUGCUGUUUGCGAACCGGCUGGGUACUGGUACGGCACGGUCGGGGUGGGGCGAUGGCAGCACCACUGCUGCUACCACUCCUGCUGCUGCCGCUGCUGCUGCGGGUGCUAUUGCUGCUAAAGAGUGGGAGGCGGAGCUAGCUGCAGCAGUAAAAGCAGCACAGCCAGGCGAAAAAAUCUCCCCUCCCCCCCCAGCCUCCACACCCCCUGUCAUCCCUUUUCCACGCAUCCCCCUCCCGUCUCCCACCUUCCCGGUCACCCCACCCUGGUCCGCCUCCCAAGUGAGCACGGACGAGCAGGGCCUUCUCCUCUUCUUCGAGUGCCGCCCCGACACCUACUUUCUAGACCACUGCCACGCAUCCCGCAACGACUUCUACCUGCUCGGCUGCUCCCGUGCUUGGAUCUGCCCGGCGCUGUACCACAACGUGGAGAGCGAGGCGUGCUCGUCCGUGCUCAUCGACGGGCUGGGGCAGGGCGGGACGCACACGCUGGAGGCGGAGGCCAAGGGGUUUCCGCUCACGUGGAGCUGCAUGCCGGGGAAGGUGGUGGGCACGUGGCAUGAGGAGCGGCUGAGCUGGUUUGCCGGGGAUGCCAGUGCUGCGUACCGGUUUGUCACCCAUGGAUGGCAGGUACCCCGCCCGGCAGCGAGGCCACAGGACGACAACAACAUUGAAACCCCGUACGCAUGGAAGGACUUCUAUUACGAACCCGUGGACUUUGGCCCCUCGCUCGUGCCCAAGAUCAUCAAGAAGGGCACCCCUGCUGCUGCUGCUGGGAGUGCGGGGGCAGUGCCGGGGGCAGGAGACCCAGAGGUGGAGCCGGAGUGGGUGGACGAUAAUGCAUGGGCGUCGUGGCACAUCUGUGCGCGCCAGGAGUUCAACCCCGUGCGCUAUGCCUACCGCACCGCCGCUCUCAUCCGCGCCAAAGUCAGGGCCAGCGGCGGCACCGGUGGCGGCGGCGGCAGUGCAGGUGCAGGAGGCACGUGCGCAGCACCAGUCCCAGGAAAGGACGCCAAGACUUGCCCUGUGAACCCCGCUCAGGCGCCAAAGUCGCGGCCGUAUGUGAUCAUAGUGGAUGAUAUCCGCAAGGACGAGAGGGUGCACACGUACACGUGGGUAGCCAAUACCACCCAGCCGUACAUGGCCAUGGUGGGGUACGGCCAGCGCCUCUUCCUGCUCACUGGCCCUCAGAAGCAGCAGCAGAAGCCGGGUGCUGCAGCAGCGCCUGCAGCAGCAGCAGCUGCAAGCGACGAUGUGAUUAUCUCUCCGGAAGAAGCGAGGCGGUAUGCGUCUCUGGAUCCAACCACAGACGCCAUCUUCAUCCGGGGGGACGACGUGCAUCCCAAGACCCGCCAUGCGCUCCCAGGCACGCCACGCAUGCUGCUGCGCGUGCUGCAGGGCGACGGGCACCGCUCUGCACCCAUCCGGCUCGUGAAGGUGGAAUCCAGCAAGUCGCCCCAGGGCCCGGGCAGUGGCAAGGGGCCGUACUAUGCCGGUGUGGCGACCGGUGGCGAGUACUGGCGUGUGGAGGUAGAGAGGAAGGCUGUGGUGGAGCCGAGGUUCAAGAUCAUGCUGCUGCCGUUCCUGGAAGGGGAGGAGCUGCCGGUGACAGGGUGGCACAGGGGGAGAGGAGGUGUGGGUGGGAAGGAGGGCCCGGAGCUGCUGACUGUGACGUGGGGAGGCGGGGUGUGCGGUGCUGCUGCUGCUGGUGGUGGUGGGGGUGGCUGUGGGGGAGUGGGGCAUGAGGCAGUUGUGGACUAUUUAUUGUUUGAGAGGGGCAGUGAAAAUAGGACGCGAGUGACGCUGCUGGAAUGA